UGUAAACACAGAGCAGAGAGGAGGAUGGAGAAGGCAGGACACAUAUGUUGCCUGUCCUGGCAGAGUGAGGAGUAAUUGGACAGCACAGAUCAUCCAUUGGGAAUAAAUGGCAAAGUGGGUUUUCUGGAGCUCCAGAGGGCCAGGUACAGUCCUUGAGCUCCUUGCAACACGGAAAACUCCUAAUGACUUCAGUUGGAAUUAUGAUUGCUCCAGGGACUCCAGAUUGCCAUGAACUGGUCACAAUGAAUAACUUAACCGCAUUCCCAGGAUCUGCGUAAAUAACUUAACACUCAGCAAAAUAACAGUGGAGGAGCAAUUCAUCCCUGGCAUCCUACCGCCUGGAAGUUAAGUAGCACAUCUGAAGUCAAACUCGGAUACCAACAGCUUUUGCCACCAAAGGCUUUGGUGGCCGUUGUAUUUCUCCCGCCAUAUUUAGGUCAGUGUGAUGCCGCAAGCUUUCCUAAAGCAUCUUUAUCCUCUGUGCCUGGACAUUUAUGCAGCAUCUUCCUAAACCGGCACUGACAACUCAGGCCUUUCAGCAACACGAGAAAUGGAAGCACUAGAAGUUGACGACAUUAGCCCGGCCUUGGAGGUGACUGAAGAUUUCUUCAAUAGUUUUGAUGCUAAGCUGGAAAAGGUUGUGCAACCCUCCGAGGUGUAUGGGGUGCAGGAGGUUCCCGAGCUGGUAGGACAUGAAGUAUUCAAUCAGAUAACGAACAGCGGAGACCUGAGAAACAUCACUUCCUUAGCUGAAAACAGCCUCAUUUGGGAACACUGCAGAAAUGGCCUCUUGGAAGCCAACGCUCCAAAAGCGUUCCCUGCCAAAGGUCAGUUUACAGGGCAAAGGGAGACAGCCCCGGAUAAUCUCUCCUGGGUGGAGCAAAGGGAAGCCUCAACUUUUAAUAUUUUUAAUCUCUGUCAGCGGCGGAGAGACAGGCCCCGCUCUGUGAACGAUAUCCUAGUGCAGAACGAGGAAGCCUCCACUUUCAAGCCAGGGCAUAACCGGUCACGCUCAGAUGCAAGCCGCAUAGACUGGGGACUUGUCUUCACAGGUGCAUCUGUGCAGCCGCCGUUGAGUCAGGACACCAAUUGCUCCAGGCUGUCAUGCCCAUCACCCACACUAAAUAAGGGAGAGGACCUUCAAGGGAACACUGAACGCAAGCUGACGUUCCCAAAUAUUCAGAAGAAGGGAUACUUAGAAAUUAGAAAGGACCAUGACAGCUAUUGGCAGCCCUGCUAUGCAGAGCUCUCUCCACACAAACUGUACCUGUAUUACCUCGACAGCAGCGGCAACCAGAAUUUUCCUAGCGUGUACCUGCUUUCACAUUUCCAAAGUGUCACUGUCACAGUCAGCACUGAAACGAAGAUGGUGGAUGCUGUUCUGUCGGACAACUCCCAGCUGCAGCUGAAGGCAGAGUCACCGUGGGAGACUUUGGACUGGGGGAAGAAACUUUGGAAGGUGGGGCAUUCCUCUGUGCCAACGUUCAUGAGGCAGCAGGAAGACCUAGAGGACUCACAGAAGCUGGACAACAACAGGGACCUUCCCCAGAUUCAUGGCUUACAAAAGAAGCCUGCUGAGCUUUUCCAGUGUACAGCUUUGAGCCAAAAUACAAAGGAGUACCAAAACAUUCUCAGGUCAGGGACUCUUUAUAGGUUAACGGUCCAGAAUAACUGGAAAGCGUUUACUUUUGUACUGAGCAGAUCUUGUCUCAUGGCAUUUCAGCCCGGGAGUCUCGAUGAAGACCCUCUUCUGAGCUAUAACAUUGACGUGUGCCUGACUGUCCAGACAGAUAUUCUGGAUGACUGUGACUCAUGCUUUCAGGUCAUUUUCCCUCAAGAUGUUCUUCGGCUGCGUGCAGAGACCCGUCAGAGGGCACAGGAGUGGAUGGAGGCCCUGAAAUCUGCUGCCAACGCAGCCAGAAGUUUAGGUCCAAACCUGGAGGUUACUCUCAGAAACAAAGCCAGAGAUCAGCCUCUGGGGAAGGACUUCAGGCAGAGCAAGCGCCAGUCUGUGACCACCAGUUUUCUGAGCAUUCUGACCACGUUGUCUUUGGAAAGAGGACUCACAGCCCAGAGCUUCAAGUGUGCAGGUUGUCAGCGCUCUAUAGGCUUGUCCAAUGGAAAAGCCAAGGUGUGCAGUUACAGCGGAUGGUAUUACUGCAGCACCUGCCAUGUGGAUGACAACUUUCUAAUCCCCGCACGACUGGUUCAUAACUGGGACACUUCAAAAUACAAGGUAUCAAAGCAAGCCAAAGAGUUCUUGGAGUAUGUGUACGAGGAGCCGUUGAUUGACAUCCAGCAGGAAAAUCCCAUGUUGUACAGACAUGUUGAGCCACUGGCGACUGUCGUCCGUCUGAGACAGCAGCUGAGAUCUCUCAGAGCCUAUUUGUUCAGCUGCAGAGCAGCAGUGGCAGAAGACCUGCGCAGGAGAAUCUUCCCCAGAGAGUACCUCCUUCAGCAGAUCCACCUGUAUUCCCUGGCAGACCUACAGCAGGUUAUUGAAGGAAAAUUGGCUCCUUUCUUGGGGAAGGUAAUCAAGUUUGCCACCUCUCAUGUGUACAGCUGCAGCCUUUGUAGCCAAAAGGGCUUCAUUUGCGAGAUUUGUAACAAUGGAGAGAUCCUUUACCCCUUUGAGGAUAUUUCAACAAGCAGGUGCGAAAGCUGUGGCGCUGUCUUCCACUCGGAGUGUAAAGUGAAGUGUGUCCCGUGCCCCAGGUGUGUGCGCAAAGAGCUGCAGAAGAAGCAGAAGUCCUUCUGGAGGAGACUGAAUAUGGACGAGAGCCUGGAAGAGUCUUGUACCAUGUUCGAGCUGUCCUAUCAGAACACAUGACUUCCCUUAGGCCCUGGCUGACUAGAAGAGAUCGUCUUUCUGCAGUCACCAGUUCAAGCCACUUCUCAGCUAGUCAGGCAGCAACCUGAUUGCAAAGACUUGGCCUGACCCUCAUCCUGAUUAUCGCUUAGCACUGGCCAAAAGGGCCAUGAAACCUGGAUGGCUUUAGAAUAUCAACAGCCAAAUUGCAUUUUGCAGUGAAGUUGAACCACUAGAUCUCAUGCGAAAUGUGGCUUGCUUGAAAUGUUUUCAGUCAAGCCCAUUAAGCGCUCAACCUUUUGUUUUCCACCUCAGGAGAAGAUUUUCCUCAAGGCAGAAAAGAUUUCCUGCCACGACCACAUGGCUGUUAUUUUUGUUGUUCUUCGGUCAGAAACAGUGAAUCAUCUGCUUAUUUAAGCCUAUUAUUUUUAUUAGUCUUGGCUGAGGCUCUGGUGAAAUGUUUUUCAGGAGCCGAGAAAGUAGCAAUGGUACCGUGCCCACCUGCUUCAUCUGACGCAGAUGCAUGGAUCAUUUUUCUAAUGGCUUUGGGUUGUUUUUUUUCCCUCCACCCAAAGAAAAAAGAGCUUUUCAUGUCAGAUUUUAUUCAGGAUGUUUUCAAACGUAAGACCCAGGAGAAUUCCUUUAGGUGUGUGUCUAUAUUUAUAGCCUUCCCAGCAGAAUACUAUAUGAGCAACAGAGGACUAAUUGCUAUUUUUGGCUGGGGUGGCAAUACUAUUCUUGCCCUGUUACUGGAGCAUCAUACCUUCUGCCUGCCGCUGCUGUCUACUCAAGCCUCUAUUAACGGGAUAUUAGUUCAAAUCCCCAGUACGUUCACAUUCACAGCCAUUUUAAACCACCAGAUCAUUUUGUUUUUUAGCUCAUCUUAUAUUAAUGAGCAAUGCUUUAUCCGUAGGGGUGAUAAACAUGCUUCUCUCACCUGGAUCUGCUAGAGCUACAGGAAAAGAUUUCUUCUGCCUUUAAUAUAUAUAUCUGUGUGUAUAGUGUAUGUGUGCAAAAUUUCCCUAAUCAUGAAACAUAUUUCAUCUUUUUCCUGCAUCUUUCUUGUGCAUUUUGUGUGCUGCACUGGCCCCUGGCAGCAUUAUGCAGGCUCCAGAGGGACUUUAGUACUUCAAUAGGAACUUACCAGGGGGAAAGGGCAGUUCUUAGAAGUGUGUUCUGCCCCACAUACCUGGAAUACGGGGAAACAAGAAACACAUAAAUCAUGUUUCUGUGCAAAGAGAAUGUGUGAUCGAUUUAAUUGGGAAAACGUGUAUAUUUCACCACUGACAAUGUCUUUCACCACCAGUGAGUCUUUGAGAUCGUCUUCACUUUAAUCCAUUAAAUAUCUUGAGUUUUUCUCCGAUCCCUACAGAAGUAUGUAUGUUACAUACAUAUGUACUCAUGUAUAUUUAUAGAAAGCAAGUACAGUGUCAGGAGAAAAGUUCACAGACUUGUGUGCAUGUGUAUUUAUUUAUCGCUCCUCUCUAGCAGCCUAAAUGGCAGGCCACCAACCUGUGCUUCUUAGAUAAUCGCCUAGCCAGUAAGCUUCUUCCCCUGCCACCCCCCCCCCCGGCCACUCAGGUUUGGCCUAGAUGUCCCUCCAUCAUGAUGGAGGGGUGGCAGGGCCAAAUAUGAGUGAGUGGCUUUGCAACCUGGCUCACAGGGUCACAGCGCCACUGAAAUUAUGACAGAGGGGCAGCCGCCCAGAAAUCAGCUGCCCUGGGCAGCUGCCAAGCGUCCCUAUAGCUAGAGUGGUCUCUGUGCCUGGCCUAGAAACCUCAUAUGGUAGCUGUUGUAUUUAAGGGAGCAACCAGAGCCCCUAUCACCAGAAAUUUGCAUUAAUUGCUGGAAUGGUACAUUUAAAAGAGAAGAGGAUAUAAUACUCAUAGGAAGUGGUUGGCAAGCUAAAAAUUUGUCCUCUCUUCUAUUCAAACACCAGUGUUUCUGUUUUUCCAACCUUUGGAGGGUGGGGAAAUAGCUGAACCUGAGCUGAGUGUGUUGGGGGGUAACUAUGCUUCCACAGUUUUUUGGUUGGUUGUCAUUUUAAUGAAGAUAAUGCUGUCUGGUUGCCCGACCUUGUAAUGAAUUGCUUUUGGCCAAGGGAAGCAUAGAGACCCUUGUUUAACAUACCUACUGUCUGAAAAUGAGCCAUGCAUCCUUACCACUGCACGACCCUUCCUCCCAACUCGAUGGACUAUAGGUGAAAUGCUUUAAUGUCCAAUAUGGUCCCUAGAGCGUGCUCCGUGGGAGUCCUGCUGGCUCCAUCAUUUCGUGCUUGUGCACAAAUGCAAACACCUGGGGAGAUAUGCUGGAAUUACAGUCAUACAAACAGGAAAUGGAGUCACACUGGUGACACAAACAAUCCAGCCCCACUGUGUGUUUUCAGUGUGUGUCAGUUAGACCAGUCAUGAGAUAAAGCCACCAGCCGGAAAUGAACCUGAUGUGGCUGGUGCAAGUUUGAAUUAAUUUCAGACAUAAUGGCAGGUCACGCAAAAAAUGCCAGUUGCUGUUUUCAGACCAUAACACAUUAGAACACAUGGUCGUUUACAGUGAUGUUUCGCUCCGGGCGUUAGAGCGCAUUUGCACACCUUGUAUGAGAGCAGAGGAGCUUUUCAGAAUUAAUUUGUUAACUUAUUUGACAUCCAUGUGCAACAUCGAAAUGCACCAGUGCUUUACUGGAUAUUUUGGGCCAAAUUCUGGCAUAAUCCCAUUGGAGUUAUUCUGGAUUUCCAUGAGUAUUACUAAGAGCAGAACUCGGCCUGUUAACUUUAAGCUUUACAGCAAAUGGAAUAGCAAGUCUGAUGUAAAGAGCAGAUCUGGAGUGGCUGCCAUCACCCCAACGGCAAACUCCACUAGCACAUCACGUUGAGUAAGAGCUGCUGCCAAUACCAAAGGUUCAUGUGAAGUGCUGUCAUACAGCAAUUUUGGAAGGGAGCCAGUUCCUGGAAUAGAGCCACAUUCGCCCCGUUGGAAUGAUAGACCUACCUCCUCGUAGUGUGGAAGAAGCUUUCUUCUCGGGGGAAGUCUCACUCCUUUCUCCAUAAGGAGUACCCAGUUCUGUGUCAGCAUGCAUGGCAAACUGCAUCAUAGAUUGUGUCCUUCCAGCAGGCUCACUCCUGACUACAAGAGGAGUAGAAUUGGGUCCGUGUUAACUUUCAGCGCUGCAAGGUGAAAGCAUAACUUUAAAAUUCUA